AAAUUCAUAAACCCUGUAGCUACACUACAGAUCAUAAACCCUUAACACAAUGGCGACGACCGAUCACACCUCCUCCGACGAAAGCUCCCGCCUUUACCAUCCUUACCAGCACUUCAACGUCCCGAUCAACGCUCAGCACCUCUACAAGCUCCCCACCUCCCCCGAGUACCUCUUCACCGAAGAGUCCCUCAAAAAGCGCCGAUCUUGGGGGGAGAAUCUCACCUUCUACACGGGCACGGGCUACCUCGGCGGAUCCCUAGCCGGAGCCGCUUCCGGGUUCUUCUCCGGCGUCAGGAGCUUCGAGUACGGAGACACGGCGAAGCUGAAGGUGAACAGGAUCCUGAACUCGUCUGGCCACGCGGGACGCUCGUUGGGGUGUAGGAUUGGUGUUGUGGGUUUGAUCUACGCCGGGAUUGAGAGUGGAGUCGUGGCGUAUACGGAUAGGGAUGACGCGUGGACGAAGGUGGUGGCGGGGUUUGGAACUGGGGCGGUGUUUAGGGCGGCGCGUGGGGUGAGAGCUGCGGCUGUGGCGGGUGUGCUUGGAGGGAUGGCGUCUGGUGCGUUUGUGGCGGGGAAGAGGGUUUUGAAGCGUUAUGCUUACAUAUGAGUGAUGUUGGUCAUUGUGGGGAUGAUAAAAAUCAUAGCUUUUUGUUUCUAGCGUAGUAGCUCUCUUAUAGCUGGGAAAAGUUCUUUUAUAUAUUAUACAAUGACAAGGUUGGUUUUUAUAGCUGGGACUUCGUUAUGGUCUUGAAACGUGAGAGUAUCACACAUCUUAUUAUCUGAAUCCUAGUUGAAUUCAUUUUUUUACCUUUCUUACUUUGUCUUCUCUGUAGUUUCUUGAGGUAGUGACUUCCAUAACAUGUUUCAUGAUAUAAUGUUGGAUCUGUUGUGAACUUUUGCUUUGUCUCACAAGACUCAAGUAUGUCUCUAAGCUAG